GCCGCGCCCGGCCCCGCGCCGCGCCCCGCUCCCCGCGUCGGCGCCGUCCUCCCGCCUCCUCCUUCUCCAGAAAAAGUCGCCAUUUUGGUUCACUGCCUUCGCCCCCCCGCGGUCGGCGCUUCCGGGCCCGGGCUGCAGCCCGUGUCCGGCCUCAGGUGACAGAGAUGACUGAAUCCUUCUGUGUUGGAGGAGGCCGCCGGCUUCAAGGGUCCAACAAAAGUGGAUCUGGAAAGAGUGGCAGCCGGAAGGAUGUCCAGCUUCCCAUAUUGCAAGACCCACCAAAGCUGGGUAUGCCAGUGGUUCACAGUGGACAUACAGUGCCUAGCCAGGCCUCACUCUGCUUUGACCCCGGAAACCCAGCCAGUGACAGGACAGAAGGGAAGAAAAAAGGGAGGCCGAAAGCCGAGAAUCAGGCUCUCCGAGAUAUUCCUUUCUCCCUGAUGAACCAAUGGAAAGAUGAAUUCAAGGCACACUCAAGAGUGAAGUGUCCAAACUCAGGGUGCUGGCUAGAGUUCCCCAGCAUCUACGGGCUCAAGUACCACUAUCAGCGGUGCCAAGGGGGCGCUAUCUCAGAUAGGCUGGCCUUCCCUUGCCCCUUCUGCGAGGCCGCAUUCACCUCCAAGACCCAGCUGGAGAAGCACCGGAUUUGGAAUCACAUGGACCAUCCUCUGCCUACCCCCAAGCCUGGCCCGGUCAGCCGGCCAGUCACCAUCAACCGGCCUGUUGGGGUCAGCAAGCCCAUCGGAGUGAGCAAACCUGUUACUGUUGGCAAACCAGUGGGAGUCAGCAAACCCAUUGGCAUCAGUAAGCCUGUCACAGUCAGCAGGCCUAUGCCAGUCACUAAGCCUGUCACAGUCAGUAGGCCCAUGCCAGUGUCUAGGCCUGUGCCAGUCACCAAACCCAUCCCAAUCACCAAACCUGUGCCACUCACCAAACACAUGCCCGUCACCAAGCUUGUGACAGUUACAAAACCUGUGCCACUCACCAAGCCAGUACCAGUCAGCAGGCCCAUUGUGGUCAGCAAGCCAGUGCCGGUCAGCAGGCCCAUUGCCAUCAGCAGACACACACCACCCUGCAAAAUGGUAUUGCUGACCAAAUCUGAGAACAAAACACCUCGUGCUACAGGCAAGAACAGCAAUAAGAAAAGGGCUGCAGACAGUUUGGACACCUGCCCCAUCCUGCCAAAGCAGGCAAGGCCAGAGAAUGGAGAGUAUGGCCCAUCCACCAUGGGCCAAAGUGUGACUUUUCAGCUGGGUACAGAUCCUAGCAACAGCUCCCUACUGCCAGGAAGCAGGCCCUUGAUGAGCAAAGAGGCACUGCGGCCUGCAGACCCAGCAUCCCAGCCAGAGGAGGACCCCGAGCGCACAAAGCACAGAAGGAAACAGAAAACACCUAAGAAAUUCACAGGGGAGCAGCCAUCUAUCUCAGGGACCUUUGGGCUCAAAGGCCUGGCCAAAGCUGAAGACAAGGCCCGAGUUCAUCGCUCCAAGAAACAAGAAGGAUCAGGCUCCGAGGAAGUUCGGAAGAAGGUGCUGGCCACCCCUGUCACUGUCAGCAAGGAGGCUCCAGCUCCUGUGGCCCACCCAGCCCCAGGUGGGGGCUGCCUGGCAGGACCCAGGACAGGUCUCCAUGGUGGCCCUGAGGAGCAGUGGCAGCGAGCCAUCCAUGAACGGGGGGAGGCUGUCUGCCCCACCUGCAACGUGGUUACCCGGAAGACCCUCGUGGGGCUCAAAAAGCAUAUGGAAGUAUGUCAUAAGUUGCAGGAAGCACUGAAAUGCCAGCACUGCCGGAAACAGUUCAAGUCCAAGGCUGGCCUCAACUACCAUACCAUGGCUGAACACAGUGCCAAGCCCACUGAUGCUGAGGCCUCUGAAGGGGGAGAACAGGAGGAGCGAGAAAGGCUUCGAAAGGUGCUGAAGCAGAUGGGACGGCUACGCUGCCCUCAAGAGGGCUGUGGAGCCGCCUUCUCCAGCCUCAUGGGUUAUCAGUACCACCAGCGGCGCUGUGGGAAGCCACCAUGUGAGGUAGACAGUCCCUCCUUCCCCUGUACCCACUGUGGCAAGACUUACCGAUCCAAGGCUGGCCAUGACUACCAUGUGCGUUCAGAGCACACAGCCCCGCCCCCUGAGGAGCCCACCGACAAGAUCCCCGAGGCUGAGGACCUGCUUGGAGUAGAACGGACUCCAAGUGGUCGCAUCCGUCGCACAUCGGCCCAGGUUGCCGUGUUCCAUCUACAGGAGAUUGCAGAAGAUGAACUAGCCCGUGACUGGACCAAACGGCGCAUGAAGGAUGAUCUUGUGCCUGAGACUGCAAGGCUCAACUACACUCGGCCAGGCCUCCCUACACUUAAUCCCCAGCUGCUGGAGGCAUGGAAGAAUGAAGUCAAGGAGAAAGGCCAUGUGAACUGUCCCAAUGAUUGCUGUGAAGCCAUCUACUCCAGUGUGUCUGGCCUCAAGGCCCAUCUUGCCAGCUGCAGCAAGGGGGACCACCUGGUGGGGAAAUACCACUGCCUGCUAUGUCCCAAAGAGUUCAGCUCUGAGAGCGGUGUCAAGUACCACAUCCUUAAGACCCAUGCAGAGAAUUGGUUCCGGACCUCAGCUGAUCCACCUCCCAAACACAAGAGCCAGGACUCCGUGAUGCCUAGGAAAGAGAAGAAGAAAAGUCUAUCAGGAGGAAAGAAGCGGGGCCGCAAACCCAAGGAACGGUCCUCUGAGGAGCCAGCAUCUAAGCUGCCACCUAACAGGGAUGACUGGCCCCCGGGAGGCAGAGACAGGGGGACCCGAGGCUCCACUGGGAGGAAGGCUGGAGCUGGGAAGGCACCUGAAAAGUGAGCCUGGUGGACAGGGCCUAGCCACCAUGCCCAGCUUUGUUGAGAUUAGGGGAACCAGUUCCAGACUUGUCCUCCACCUCCACACACACACACCCAUCUGUCCAGAGGUUGGCAAACCACUCUGAUCUCCCUGAAAGUGGUCCUUCCCCUGUUUAGGUUGCCUCACGUGGCUAGGUGGGGCUCCCCAGGAGGGCCAGGGGCAGUAGCAAAAGUGCAAUAGGCUGGGGAGGGGGGUCCCAGCCAUCCCUACAAGGACAUUCUUGGACCUGGCAGAAUCUAGAGUCUUGGCACCAUGGGGCACAAAGUGUGCUUGAACAGCCAAAUGGCCCCUAUCUCCUCCCUCUGGCCCAGUAGGGUUCCCAUUCUGACUCCCUUAAGGCUCAGACAUUCCUGGUGACCCAUGGGCUGAUGAGGCACAUGAGCAGCCUGGCUGCCAUCACUUAGGCCUCACCUCCACCCAACACUGGAUCUCCAGUACUCCCAGCUACCUCCCAGGACAGACCCUGUCUAGCUACUGCCAUGCUGCCCUGACAGCCACCACCCAUCUGUCUUCUUGUAUCCAUUUAUGACCCCCUUGCUUCUGUUUUCUACCUCUCUGGGCCUGCUCCUCUCCUCUGUCAUCCCUGCUGUGCUUCAGGCCUCACCCCAUUGACUGGUGUGGUCAUGGUGGAGUAUGUAGCCUUCCAGGCAAGGAAAGAACUUUGUGUGUUCUACCUUUAGGGAGGUCCAGACCCAUAGCUACCAACCUGAGAGCAAAGGACCAGAAUGCUCCACCUCCAGCCUUCAGUUUCUGAUCUUGUUGGCACCCUGAGGGAUGCCUCCCUCUGGCCACAGCCAUGUAAAGUAGAGGCUGGCCAGAAGGAGCCUCUAGUCCAGGAGUAGCGCCUAUGAGAGACAGCUUAUGUCUACCAUGCUAAGUGGGCCCAUAAGCCAAGUUCUGUGGAAGCCCUCUUUUUUCCCCACUACUUCAUCUGUCCUCAGUGUCUAGUGGCAAUCAGUCAUUUGAUACAGAAAUUGAAGGAUAGUGAAAAGAUGGGGUCUCAGCCAGUGUAGCAGCUCUAGGCUGAGCCCCACCCUUUUAGGGGCCCUGAGGAUAACAGGGUCUGCAGGUUGGGCAAGGCCUGGAAGAGAGAUCUGGCCUCCUUCCUGGUCAUACCCACCCCUCUGAACCACACUGGAAGAAGGCUGAAAGGGGUGAGAACAGUUUUUUCCAGUGUGGGUAGGGGUGGACUGAGGCCUCUGCUUCUGAUCCUGGACGAUGUGAAUUUUGAUAUUUGCUUGUGUGUGUCCUGGAUGUUGUUGAUGCCAGUCUUGUUGCUGUGACAAGUAGCAACCUUUUUUAAAUUUUUUUUACAUAUAUAUAUAGAUAUAUAAAACUCAACAAUUUUAUGUUUUGGUGCUAAGGGUUUCCUGGUGCCGAAGGUAGAGCUGGGCUGUAGUACUGACUGGCACCUGACCCCCAACCUCAAGGGGGAGGGGUUCCCAGGAGAUUUGGGAUGGAGUCCUUGUACACUCCUGUCUAGGAUGGUUCUGACUCUGGGCAACCCUGGCAUUAUAUGCUGGAGGUGUUGAAUGAACAAAUAAACUCUUCAAUUCCUACACACCUUUGACAUGAUCAGAAGGUGGCCACAGAGGUGGGUAAGAUCCAGUGUCAAAAGUUCAAAGGGUAGCCUGGGACUUUUGGGUGGUGGUGUGCAAUUGUGGAAGGGAAUGGGGCCCCAAGUGCACUUUCAAAACACCUCUGUGGGGUGUGACCAUCCACCCCAGCCUCUCAGGUACUUAGCACUUGUCAGAAGAAGGGCCUAGGUUUGCUGGGGGUUGAGUUUCCAGGACAUGCCUCAAGGCCCAGAUGUAGGCCUUGAUAUGGGACUUGGGGUUCUAUUACUUGAUGUUCAGCACUUUAACUCCUUUGUCUUUGAAAUGGGUGUGGGGGCAGCUGUCAAAAGUGGCAGUUGGAUAGGUGGUGGCUGGUAAGGGGUUUUGGCAAGCUAGUUUGUAAAGCUCUUCUAAGGUGGUAAGGCCCUCCCUGGGCAGGGUUCAUCAGUCUGCCCACCUCCCUAUUCUGGCCCAAAGGUGACCACCAGCCUAUACAGACCCUCUUAAGAGGGACCAUCAUGGCAGGUCUCCAGGAGGGGUGGACUUGGCCCAAACAAACCCUGGGUCCUUGGCAAAAUGCAAAAGUCAGGGUCUCUACAGAUCUACCUCUGGCUCAGCGCUUGCCCUGCCCUAAAAAUACCAGAGAAGUGCCAAGGGCAGACAUUUCAUGCAGAACCAGGGUGCACUUUAUGUUCCUGCACAGGCAGAUUUUGGGGCCUUCCUGUCCUUCCUGUCCCUAUGGUGGUUCUGAGGGGAGAGUUGUUUCUGUGUUUCCCUGUUGGGUGGAACACGGGCCUUUUGCCCUGGAGACCUGGUUUCCCAGGUCACCCCUCAUACCUGACUGCAGCGCCUCCUAAACUUUGGGUUCCUCGGUUUUGUUUUAAUGCAGUUCUCAUUACACAAGUGCAUUUCUGGCUAUCACUUGUAACCAUAGAUAUACAUGCAUAUAUAUUCUAUCUACAAAGUGUUUUAUUUGCAAGAUGUUUUGAGGUGAGCUUGGGUCCUGCCCGCCUUGUGAUCAUCUGUCCCCAUCUUCAUCCCCUGGCCCGGAGUGGUGCGGUGGUGGGCCAUCAACUGUAUGUAUUAAAAUUACUGUAUCAAAUAAAUGUUUAUUGAUUUUUUCCCCCCA